GAGACUACACUCAGGUUUGGUUGGGAGUUUAAAGCAUUGACAGCAGCCCUAGGCUCAAGUCUGCAUCCCUCUGUGCUGCGCUUGCAGCCUCUUGUCUCGCACUCCAUUGCGCUCCCUCUUUCUCUACCUCUGUCUGUUUCUCUAGCCCUUUGACUUGUGGACUCAGGAUCUAGUAGUCACUCCAUUACUGCAUAGGACAGGCUCUAUCUCAAACUACAGGGGUAACAACUUUCUCAGCUACAUUUCUCUUCUCAGUGAGCACACUAACCAGGCACUAUGGAGGCCAUCAAGAAGAAGAUGCAGAUGCUGAAGCUGGACAAGGAGAACGCCAUUGACCGUGCAGAGGAGGCUGAGACCGACAAGAAGGCAGCAGAGGACAAGUGCAAGCAGCUGGAAGAUGAGCUGCUGGGCCUGCAGAAGAACCUGAAGGGGACUGAAGACGAGCUGGACAAAUACUCUGAGGCCCUCAAAGACGCCCAGGAGAAACUGGAACAGUCUGAGAAGACCGCCACAGACGCGGAGGGUGAUGUGGCGGGUCUGAACCGCAGGAUCCAGCUGGUGGAGGAAGAGUUGGACCGGGCCCAGGAGAGGCUGGCCACUGCGCUGCAGAAACUGGAGGAGGCAGAGAAGGCUGCGGAUGAGAGCGAGAGAGGCAUGAAGGUGAUCGAGAACCGGGCCUCCAAGGACGAGGAGAAGAUGGAGAUGCAGGAGAUGCAGCUAAAGGAGGCCAAACACAUCGCUGAGGAGGCCGACCGCAAAUACGAGGAGGUGGCCCGUAAGCUGGUAAUCCUUGAGGGAGAACUGGAGAGAGCUGAGGAGAGGGCCGAGGUCUCAGAACUUAAAUGCAGUGAUCUGGAGGAGGAGUUGAAAAAUGUCACCAACAACCUAAAAUCCCUAGAAGCCUCAUCUGAGAAGUACUCAGAAAAAGAGGACAAGUAUGAGGAGGAGAUCAAGGUUCUUAGUGACAAGCUGAAGGAGGCUGAGACUCGUGCAGAGUUUGCAGAGAGGACAGUGGCCAAACUGGAAAAGUUCAUUGAUGACCUGGAAGAAAAAUUAGCAGGUGCCAAAGAAGAGAACCUGGGAAUGCAUCAAGUCCUGGAUCAAACACUGCAAGAGCUCAACAGCUUAUAAAGAUGAGGAGGAAGAUGGAGAGGAUAAAAGUCUUGCAACAUUCCAUAAAUAUUACAUUUCAUUCCACAUUUUGAGCUGUAAAGUCUUAUUCCCAGCGAAAGGGGUUUAACUUAACUUGUACCCUUUGUUUUUUAAACCAAUGAAUAGAAAGAUAGAAAAAAACAACUCAUAUUUGACAUGUGCACUCAAAAGAAUGUUUUGAAAUAGGUUGUGUUAUAUGUAUGGCCUUCAUUUAUGUAUGAUUAAUGAGCUCCACCGAGAGUUAUUUUGCAAACAGUUGACAGGAAUCAGCUUUUACCAACUGACAUUGUAAUUUAGUGCAUGCACAAUGUAUGUGAACAUAUCCACAGGUUGGACUGUGCCUUUUAAAAAUGAGCCAAUAUUCUACCUUUGGUUUAUAUGUGUGUGUUAACAUGGUCAUUGACACUAGAGGAAGACUCAUGGAAACGAUGGUGAACAUGUCUGUGGUGCUACUGGUGGUGCUAAAAUACUGUGACUAUCAUUCAGGUGGAGGGAUUGCCAAAGUGAAUUUUAAAAAAUCAUUUUUUAUGUGAAGAGAGUAUUCUAUACAAAUCUUUCAAGGAACUACAACUCCUCUUCUGACCUAACCUAUUAUCUGUAUGGUCUUAAAGUGCCACCAUAUGCUGACAUGCAGCUUCAUAGCACCUCCUUUCCACUAUGGCCUGACAUGCCUGCCACUAUCCCAGCUCUGCAUUUGGCUGCCUAGCCUAGGUGUAAAAUCAUAAUCCUGGUAUUAUAUUGUGGUGGUAGCAUAUUUAAAAGUUAAACCAAAAAAAGCACCACUGGGGCCUCAAUCAAGGUAAUAAAAUAUGGAUACUUAUUGUAUAUAGUAGAAUAAUGUUAGUUAUUGAUGUAUUGAUCCAGUUUUACAAAACUUUCAGUCAGGGGAACUCUCGAAACCAAAGAAUACACAAACCACAGAAGGUGAACCGUCAAAAGGUUUUAUUGUUGUCUGUGAAGGUAAUCAAUCAAGGCUUCUCAUCCUUAUUUGACUGAGUCUGUGUUGAAAUGAUUCAUUCACUUUUCCAGCUUUCAGUCUAAUAAAUUUUUACACAACCUG